AUGAGUAGGGCGCUCUCAGCGCGUCGAAAUUUGGAGCUCGAACAGGCCAGCGCUGCCAUGCGUGUGCGCUCCGCCCGUGCCAGAAUAUUGACCAAAGUGUUGUUCUCCCGACGCCUCAUUCCUGUCUCUUCACAAACCUCGUCAGCUUUCACCACCUACCAACCUCGUCCGCACAGUCCUCGUCGCGAAUACUACAUCGUGCUUUCGGACGAGGUCGAACUUAUCGAACUCGGGUCAGCGGGCAUCGACCGCAUAAAAAGGGAGCACAGAAACCGAGGGACGACGAUGGCCGGCUUGGAAGAGUCCAAUAUCGCCCCUACCUCUACAGCGAUGACACCCGAGACAUCAACAGCAACAGCGCUAGCACCAGCCACGGCCUCUUCGUCAAGCAAAGCGAAGGACGAUGAGUCGAAUGCAUUCUACCCACCUCCCACAUCAUCUUACUACUUUGGACCACCUGAUUCGACCAAAGCGUUUGGUGAACCUGUCACUGGCAAACCUGGGGUACAUUUGCCGAAGGAGAUCGUCAGAAUCGAACGGGACUAUUCGUCGGGAGAACUACCCCAGUUUCACUCCAGCUUCCCAAUGGAGCUUGAAGGUCGAAUCUCACCAACGACCUUCAGCGAGAUCAUCAACGACAUCAACUCUUUGCUCGUCACCGCACACAAUCCUCCCCGCAUUUGGAUCGAUAACACCAUUGCCAUCCUGACGUUUUACAUCUCAAUGCUGCUCGUAAAGGGUCAUUACCAACGUACGAUGGAAGAGCUGGAUAGGAUGAUCUCAAAGUACAACGAGGAGGCACUGCAUCCGGUGGGGUUGAGUUUGGUCGAUCCGCGCAAGACGGCGUUCCUGUUCAUCGAGUUGGAGUACUUCUGA